AUGAUCAAAGAGACGAUCUCGCACGGCACCCCGCAGUCUUCCCUCUCAGUCUUCACCUUUGUCACCGGCAUCUACUGGUUCACCCGGCUCUACCUCAAGGCUCUCUCUCUCUUUGAAGCUGGCAUCGGGCUGUUCGUCGGGCUUAUGAUCCCUUUCCCAAACUAUUCUGAGCUGCCGCAUACGUUCACCCCCAAUCGAGGAUCUAGAAGCGACACCUCUCCAUCAUCGGUCACCUCGACGCGCAAGGUCAACCUGACUCGCCUCAUACGCGCUCGCAUGCUGAACGCAGCUCUUCAAACCUUCUCUUACUGGGAUGGGCUGCUCACGAAGGAGGAGCUGAAGAGCAUAGUGAUCUACGAGCGCCUGUCGAUGUCGCCGGACAACCGGCUAAUGGUCUUUCCUCGCACAAGACUCUGCCCGAUACUCGAAGAUGGCGCUCCUCUGGAAGAAUCCAUCUCAGAAGCGACUGCGGCAGAGGAUCAACCUACUUCUAUCCCUGGACCAUGCAUGUCAGAGGACCACCUCGCUUUCGUUCCCGGUCCAUAUAGCUCUAUCUCACCUAGGUUGUCGUUCUCGUCGCUCGAUGACUUGACGCUUUUCGAUCCGCCAUUCUCAGCCUUCUCAGCCAAAGCACUCACGUCGGACACUUCAAUCUCGACGACUUCCGAGCUAGAUCUUUGCGCCGCAUUGACGGAUGAUCUGUCGGUCUCAUCUUUGCUCUCACUCUCUAAGGGAUCAUACUCCUCUCGGGCCCUGGAUGAAGUCACCUUGGUCGAUGUCGCCGAAUCUACUAGUGUCUUCGACAAGAUAGUCGCUAUCAAGCCUGACUCACCGGAUAGCGCGAAGGACAGCGUCUUGUCUGUCACCUCUCAGCCAGAGGAUCACCUUAACGGCGCUGGCAUUACCGAACCGACCGCUGUAGUCUCACAUGUACACGACAAGGACAUUCUGUCUAAUGAGGAGAGUUCUGUCUGUAAUCCCAACUUGCGGCUCUUUGCGUCGCUUGUCUCGCAUAUGUCUUCGGCAGACUCGAUACUGACCGAAGCAAGCUGCAAACACACGGACUCGGACGGCACUGAGUCAUACGUCGAGGUCGACAGCGCUAUUGUGCUUGUAGAACGAGGACCACUCACUAGUGAAGACUGGUGCUUAUAUGAGGGCGGCGUACGGCGCAUCCUGGACGAAACCGUUGUUCUUCUAGACCGGUACAUCGAAUGUGAUUCUCUCGUUCGCUUCAUACUCGUGUCCAUGCUACUCGCAUCGUGCAGUGUGACAAUUGAUAUAACCGUCAAAGAAUCCCAGGACAUCUUGUUGCAACUUGCACUCGUGGAAGACGGCUUUCGAUUACUUCGACGCAUGUCUACACUCUGGGAAUUUGACAAUACCUCAGAGAUGUUCUAUCCUCGGGGGAAGGAAGGAACGACUGAGAGAAAUUUCUACGCGAGUUUUCUUUCCAGCGUAUCAUGGCUCAAGCAGCGCCGGAUCACCGCAGUACUGGACGCCUUGCCCUUCGUCUUUCGUCUGUGGUAUCACCGGCCGGACUGUGUCACAGGUAGCGCAUGGAUGAUGUCACAUGUGCGCGCUUUCCUAGCCGAUACAGGGGAACCUUGUUUCCCCGACCUACACCAAGUCCCCCUCCCCGGCUUCCCUGUGUACGAGGACUUGCUUCGGGACUUCGAUGUGGACAUCGUCACGGGGAGGAUAUGUGACGACCUUGACAACGUCGAUCUUGUCGAUAGCACGUUUACGCGGCUCUCGUGCUCUGCUUUGCGCCGAGCAGCUCAAAACUCGCUUCUUCUCAGCCGGGAUCUGCGCAUCAAUGCUCUCUGCGUCCCGGCGGCAGCAAACUUCAGGGUCGGAUGA